AAAUAAAAUCACAAUUUAUUUCCCAUCCCAUUGAAAUGACCAAUCUACCCAAUAUCUCAUUAUAUAAACCUCAAACUCUUCCUUCUCUUUAAACAACAAGAACUACCCAAAGAUGGCUCUCACAAAAAUCUUCUUAAUCCUUCUCCUAUCCCUCUUAGGUUUCUACUCUGAAACCGUCAAAUCUCAAAACUGCAAUUGCGCCCCAAACCUAUGUUGCAGUCAGUUCGGUUAUUGCGGCACCACUGCAGAUUACUGUGGUUCUACGUGCCAAUCAGGUCCUUGUAGAGUCGGUGGACCCCCAACCGGUGCUGGUUUGGUUGGUAGCAUUGUGACACAAAAUUUCUUUAACAACAUUAUCAACCAAACCGGUAAUGGCUGCGGAGGAAAAAGAUUUUACACCCGCGACUCUUUCAUUAACGCCACCAAUACUUUCUCCAGCUUUGCUAAUACCGUUACUAGGCGUGAAAUUGCUACCAUGUUUGCUCAUUUCACUUAUGAGACCGGAAACUUCUGCUACAUAGAAGAGAUAAACGGAGCGUCACGUGUCAUGUGCGACCAGAACAAUAGGCAAUAUCCAUGUGCACCGGGCAAGAGCUACCAUGGUCGUGGCCCGCUCCUACUAUCAUGGAACUUCAACUAUGGAGCAUGCGGCCAGAGUCUCGGCCUAGACCUCCUACGCCAGCCCGAGCAGGUGGGUAGUAACCCAAUUGUGGCUUUCAGGGCGGCUCUGUGGUUUUGGGUGAAGGGCGUGAGGCCUGUAUUGAACCAGGGAUUUGGAGCCACCGUAAGAGCCGUCAGUGGUCUCGACUGUGACGGUAGGAACUUAGGAGGGGUGAAUGCAAGGAUUGGGUACUAUAGAGACUAUUGUGGGCAGCUUGGUGUGGACCCUGGCACCAACAUCACUUGCUAAAACGCUCUUUGGACAUACUUGCGACCUGGCAUAGAGUGUUAAAGGUGAAACAAGAAGCUAAGUGAUGUUACUUAAAGUUGUUGUAGUAAUAUUGUGAAAUUGAAUCACGUUAUUAAAAAGAUUAAUAAAACGACUUAUACAAAGAAAAUGUUCGAUUCUCAGCAUUGAUAAUGCACCACCAUAGACACAACAGAAGCGGGGAGUAACCAAAUCUCUUGUGCAGAAGAUAAUUUUGUUUCAGUAACGCAUUGCAUUGGAUCUUCAUUGCUUUCUUAUCCAAUAUGGUUUUGUAGGUGUGAAACUAUUAAAAUGAAGAGUCUUGUUGUGAAUCAGAGGGUUUGAUAAGAAAGAAUAUGUGAGUUUAAGAUUUCCUCUGUUUUCCUCUGUUUUUGAUCUUUCAGAUCAAAUAGAAAAUUUUGCGGUUUCUUCAUUAUUCGAUAGUUCCAUGUUUUGAUUCGAACUUCAUCUUUGGAUGUUUUCAGAGAGACAAUUGUCUUAGGAUUGUAGUUUCCUAAAAGAUCAAACCUUUCAUUUUAAAAUUCCAAUAACGUCAAUUAACACAAGUGAUACAACCUAGUGAUCUACCCACACACACAC